UAACCUGUAUAACCUGUCAGUUUGUAUUUGUGACAUCAUUUGUCAUUUCUAAACUGUAUAACCUGUCAGUUUGUAUUUGUGACAUUUGGACGCCGCAAAUUGAAUAAUUAUUUUAAAGGCUACGUGUAGUGAUAUUGUAUUGGUAAGUAUAUGGUUAUCACUAUACAAAUUGUAUUUGUAAAAAGAAUUGAGAUCAAAGAAGUACGCCAAGCAUUUGAUUUCCAGGCCAUGGAUAUCUAGGCAAAAGUCUAAACAGUCUCAGUUUGUGGUUGAGACACUAUUUAGCUUCUUCAUUUCACCGCCGAAGUGCGGAGCAGUCAGUUUACAUGAGUUGUCAUUAGGGUCUGAACGUCUGCACUGUUGAACACAGCAUUUUAGCUGCGCAUAGUUGGAAAACACUAAAUUUUAUAUUAUGUUACACAGUGUCACCUUGCACUUUACUGGAGAGAACCUUCAUGUACAUGCCUGCUCAUUUCGAUUUCACACCUUUUUCUACUUUCUUGAAUUUUUUUAGGGGAAUCUUCUAUUUUUCUAUCAUUACUCUUUAUGUCUUUAUGUCCAUUUUUUCAUGUACUUGGCGUAAUUUUUUUACUUUUUUGAAGUUUUUUAUGGGGAUUAGAUAGAGUGGAAGGUAUGCGUAUACGAUUUAUAGCGUCCCUAGUAUCCCAGAACCGAACUUUUAAGGAAUCGUUUAGAGCCUGUAGCGCAAACAUAUGUAUUAUAUUUUCUGUGGUACAUAAAAUGCGUCACAGCGGCAUCUUAUACGCGGAAAAAAAACAUAAGUAUUAAGUAAAAUUACUAGUGUUAAGUAAAAUUACUAGAAAAAGUAUCACGUGCUCUUUCUGCUGAUGCACUGACUUUAAUAUUAUCGCAGAUGAAACUAAUAAACAUUAGUAAAUACGGACACAGGUACGAUGAUAGACUAAAAGAUUUCGCUCUAUCAUUCUUCUAAAACCUAUAGAUUUCUUAGGAAAUCCUUGUAUUUGCCGACAAUACGGACAUUACGUUCAUAUUAGCAGAAAUUUCAUAUUUACCCUGGUAUAGAUACGUAAGUGUUAAACAUGUUGCAAGCAAAAUUUUUGACCGCUGCUGUAGAAAACAAAGUAGUCUCUGUUAGAACGGGUGCAAUCUGUUUGGUACGCCACUGCGAUUGCCUCCACUUAGCACCGUUCCGACACGUCACUGUCGAUCCGAUUUUGUUUAACAAUAGUAUCGAUUCCGUGUAACACACGGAACGGUAAUAGUUAUUCUCGGUUCGCAUAAUUGUAUUUCCGUUGUCUAGUUUAUAAUAAAUGGUUAUUAACAUAACUUGUUAUAUUCACUGCCCUCGCACAUAUCUAACAGUAUCGCUGAUUUUCGACGAAAUUCACUUACAUAGUAAAGUAUACUAUGAUCCGCAUAUGGAUCACUUUUACGGCAGCCGGAAUGCGCGACAUCUGCAUUAACGUGCAUUAUAAGAUGGAUUAACAAAAAUGCGAAACAGAUAGUAGGAUAUUGGUUCCUGUCCAGUGAAGGAAAUUCUAAUAAAACGCAAAACAUUAUUCAAAAAUCAGUCGUACAAGUAUGUGAAAUAGGUUUAUACGAAUACCAAAGGUAAUCGUCUUCGAUCAAGGGCCCCGGAAUGUUGGGUUGCUUAAAACUUUAAAUAUUACUCCCAAAAAACCAUAUUUUUAUUAGAAAUCUGAAAAAAUUUUUGUCAUAUUUGACCCUCCACAUUUGUUAAAAUCUGUAAGAAACAAUUUCAAUAAGAGUGACAUCGAGGAUAAUGGAAAGAUCGCAUGUUGGGGGGAUGUCUUAAAAAUGUAUGCAUUUGUGACGUUCGCAUAUUGACCGUCCAAACCGGGGAUAUAUGUUUUCUUCAUACUAAACCGACAACAGAUUAGGCGUUUGUAUAUUCGAACGUCACGCUAUACCUUAGACUGGGAAGCGUUUAGUAAGUAAGAGAGAACCUAAGCGAUAACAGCUACAGGUCCCGUACAAUUAUACUACACGUCUCGUUUUCGAUGAUAAAUUGUAGUAAUGCUUGUCAUUGCUAAGAUUUCAUACUUUUUAGAGUUUAAGUUUCAAAUUUACCUCCUCUGCUGUCUCUUAUUCGUCCGUGGCGCCUCCUAUAGUCAUAUUGUUUUGUUGUGUAUAAUUUUUCACACGUGCUGAGUUUUUAAGUAUAAUUAAAACAGAUUUAAGAGAAAAAUAAUGACAGGAGAAAAGGGGAAAAGAAAACGAUCUCGAUCAAAGUCGAAAUCAAAGGAAAGAAAGAAGCAAAGGACCGAAGAUAGACUCCAAAACAUCGAAAAACAGCUGUAUAACCUCACUAAGUCGCUCUCGCAGAUAAUACAAGAGACUCCAGCCAAAUUAGGGAACGAUAAAGAGAACGUUGAUACUCCGAAUACCUCUCAGGCAAAUAUAGAUCAGAUUGAAACAACAUCAGCUGAGAUUCCUGAAACGGAAGAAAUUACACAGAUUACGGAUGAUAUCCCACCUAUGAAUGAGGGUUUUCUUGAGAUGCUAGGGGAACAUCCUAAUACAAAAAAGGAAAUUUCCAUAAAAAUUAAUGAAGAACUUAAAAUCCGCUGGCAGAAGUGGAUGCGAGAAGGGUAUCCAGAAGAAAACAAGAAGAAUAUUCUGGAAAUUUAUUCCCGAAAGGACGAUUUAUAUACAGAAGCACCAAAAAUUAACAUAGAAAUCAGUCCAGUCAUGACUGAAAUUGCAACUAAAAGAGGUGAGCAUUUUGCUGAAACACAAAAUUGCAUCGGCUCAGCAAUCUCAGCGCUAGGUGCAGCAGUUUCAAUGAUCCUAGAGGAUCCAGAAGAUGGCAUAGAUCAAGAAGCGUUAAUGAAAUACUUAUGUGAUGCAGGGAAGUUAUUAACGGACACAUUUUAUCAACAUUUAGUUGCUCGUAGAGCUUACAUAACCCCGUUAAUGAGUAAAUCAAUUAGACCAACUAUUGAUGCUACCAAAGCUGACGAGUAGCUGUACGGAAAAAAAUUUGCGGAAAAUGUCAAAGAAGCCAAAGAUGUUGAAAAAGCGUGUUCCAACAUUAAACCUACAGCCAAGGCAACAAGUUCAAAACCAAGGGAUCAGGGAAACUCGAAAUACCCACCUGCAAAAUACAGGCAGGUGGGGAAUCAGAGCAAAAGGCCCAUGAUAAAGUUCAAACCCAGAACCCAGCGAGUCAGCUUAAUUUAAUUUAAAAAAUUUUAAUGAUUUCAUAGAUACCCUCCAUUUUAAAAUGGAAGACAUUAAAUCUGUCAAACAUUUAAUAUCAAUGGGUUGUUUCAUGUGCUUCGUUGAUCUAAAGGAUGCGUAUUACUUGGUUCCCAUUCACAAAUCAUUUAAAAAAUUUCUACGAUUUAAAUUCCAGGGACAAAUGUUCCAAUUUACGUGUCUACCAUUUGGGCUAUGUACAAGCCCCUUUGUAUACACAAAGAUUAUGAAACCAGUAAUAAAUAAAAUUCGAGAGUCUAGAAUUCUGUCAGUCAUACAUAUAUAUGACUUAUUAUUGAUCAGUAAAUCGUAUGAAUCUUGUAGAAAUAAUUUGAAUUACGUAACGGAUCUGCUGGAGCGCCUGGGAUUUAUUAUUAAUUAUCAAAAAAGCUCUCUAGAACCUAGUCAAAGAUGCAAAUACCUUGGCUUCAUAAUUAACUCAACUGACUUCACAUUAGAACUAACAAAUAAUAAGAAAAAACAAAUAACUUCACUAGUAAAAACCUUCAAACAAGACAGAUACUUUAAAAUUAGAGACUUCACCAAACUGCUCGGGACUUUAACUGCAGCUUGCCCAGCUGUGGUAUACGGUUCAAUUUAUUGUAAAAGACUUGAAAGACAAAAAUACCUUGCGUUAAUACUAAAUGAUAACGAUUACGAAGGGAAAAUUCACAUGAAUAAAUCAAUGAUAGAUGAGCUACGUUGGUGGGAAAGAAUCGUCCCAACAGGCUCCAACCCGAUAAGAACUCAAAAAUUUGAGUUAGAAAUAUCCUCAGAUGCAUCUUUGACUGGCUGGGGUACACACUGCAAUGGUAAAAGCGCGGAGGGCUUCUGGACGAAGGAGGAAAGAAAACAUUGCAUCAAUUACCUAGAACUUCUAGCAGCCUACUUUGGCUUAAAAUGUUUCGCAGGAAAGAUGGUUGAAAGUGAAAUAUUACUGAGAAUAGACAAUACGUCUGCUAUAUCGUACAUUAACAGAACAGGCGGUAUUCAAUAUCCGCACCUGAAUGAACUAACGAGAAAACUCUGGCAAUGGUGCGAAAGAAGAAAAAUCUGGAUUCAUGCUUCUUACAUACCAUCAGCACAGAACAAAAAAGCUGAUAGAGCAUCACGAAUAACUAACAUAGACACUGAGUGGGAGCUGUGUAGCAGUGCAUUUGAGAAUAUAAAUACAGAAUUUGGUCCCUUUACAAUUGACCUAUUUGCAUCAAGAUUAAACAAAAAAUGCUCGAGAUUCUGUUCAGGAUUCCCAGACCCAGAAGCUAUGUCAGUAGAUGCUUUCACCAUCUCAUGGACAAAUGAAAAAAUAUAUGCCUUUCCGCCUUUCGCACUUGCCCUUAGAACUUUAAGAAAGAUAAUUCUCGAUAAAGCAGAGGGGACGGUUGUUCUCCCACUCUGGCCAACACAACCGUGGUACCCUCUUUUUAUAUCACUGCUCACAUCGCCACCUAUCAUUUUCAAAUCUAAUAAAGACUUAUUAAUAUCCCCGUCUAGGAAAGAAACACACCCACUAGCGCUGAAGCUUUCACUAGUGGCAGGGAACUUAUCCGGAAAGCUUUCAGAUGUAGGGGAAUAGAUAAUGCAUCAACAGAAAUUAUGGUUAAUUCUAUAGCUGCAUCAACGUUAAAGCAGUAUCAGGGCCCUUUAAAGCUAUGGUGGGACUUUUGUGUAGAAAACAAUAUAUCAAUGUUUGAGGCCAACACUUCAGAUAUUUUACGGUUCCUAACGGGUAGAUUUGACAAGGGUGUAAGCUACGGAACGUUAAACUCCACUCGGUCAGCUAUUUCUCUCAUCUCCUCACGAGAUAUAGUGAAGGACAAAUUAAUCUCGAGAUUCUUUAAGGGAAUACAUAGGGAAAGGCCCCCAAAACCUAAAUAUUCAAGUACUUGGGAUACAGCAACAGUUCUGCAUUACAUUGAGCAGCUGCCUCCACUUAACCAACUAAAACUAAAAGAAGCAGCUGAGAAAGUAGCUACAUUACUAAUAUUAACAACAGCACAUAGACUUCAAACAAUUACAUUAAUUAACAUUAAGAACAUAUUCACUAAGAAAUCUGGAAUCUCGAUCAAGAUUCCUGACCUGAUAAAGACAUCUAAGCCCGGUAAAAAUCAGCCGAAACUUACCUUACCGUUUUUCAAAGAAAAACCCAGCAUCUGUGUAGCUUCGGCAGUAUUAAGCUACAUAAAAAUAACGGAAAAAUUCAGGAAUGGAGAAAACAACAGAUUAUUCAUAUCAUCCAACAAACCCUAUACGAAGGUAUUCGCUCAAACAGUAAGCCACUGGAUAAAAUCCUUACUAUCAAAAGCAGGAAUUGACACAGAUCAAUUUACUGCUUACAGCACAAAGCACGCAGCAGUAUCUGAAGGACAGCAGGCUGGUCUCAAAACUCCAAGACCUUUGCCAAAUUCUACAACCGACCAUAUGAGUUUUCAGUUUACGCUAAAAGUCUACAAUUUAUCAUCUUCGAACGAGACGCUUCGUAUAAUUACGAUCGAACUUCGCCCGCCUUCGGCGGGCUCGUUUGAUCGUGCAAUUCUCGGUACUCAUUACCACCCACCGGUGGGUGGCCAGAUCUAAUAAGACCCUGCACCUUUUCGCCGAAUUUAAGCGUAGCGCUAGCAAAGGAACCGCCGACAGUGGCUAUCGUUGAUGUCAGCCAUCCGACUCCGAUAAGGCGAAGCCUAAACAUCUAGGAAUGAUUUCGGGCAAGAUGUUAUUGCUAACGCCAUGGGAAGAAAUCAACCACCACCCCAUGGAAUUUUUAAUAAUCACGUGAUAUGAUUUUUCCCUCCUACUUUCGGACCAAAGGUCCCGAAUUAGGGGUAUAAGUACGCCCGCAAUUCGGGAGUUCGGGCUAGUUGUCCGAAAUCAUUAAGAACCGAAGUAUCUCAGUUGUUGUUCGGAAUCGUCACGGAAUCAAAAUCAUAGUUCAGAAUCGUCGGAAUAUCAUAGUUGUCCAGAAUUGCCGUUGUUCAAGAAUUGUUAAAUAGUUAACUAUCGAGUUUUAUUGUGAAUUCCAGGUAUUGCUAGCUUUAUUCAGAAAUUUGUAAUUAAUUGUAUUUGCCAUAAUAAAAAGACCGUGCGCGGAUCUUAAUAAUAAACAGUAACGUAAUUUAACAAAUACCUAACUGUAAUUAUUUUCCUAAAAUCAUUCGACGGGUUCGCAAAGAGAAAAAGGAACAAAUUAUAGUUAAAUCAUCUAUCUUUUCGAUUCAUGAUCGAGGCGUUGAAGCCGGUCAUUUAGAAAUCCUAAAGAUAGAAACAUUGCUCGGCCGUGGGUUUCUUUUCCGUCAUCUUACUCAGGUUCAAAGUCAUUUUCGUGCUUGCUGUAAGGGUCGAUCGAGGCGUCGAAGCCGGUUUUCCCGAACAGUAGCCACGGAUUUGAUUAACGCGGCUCAAUUCCGAUCCAAGGUAGAGCGGAUAUUCCGGUCAGGAUCGAGGCGUCGCACAGUAAAGUAUUUGCACCGAAUAUGCGGCCAAAAUUCAAUUUCAAAAAUUUCACCUAGGCUAAAAAUUUGUUGUUGUUCAAGGUAGUCAAAUAUGUGGAGAAUAAUGUACCAAUAUUGUUUUUUCCGUUUAUGUACUCAUGAAGCAGUGUGCCUAGUUCAAAGUUACAAGUUUUUGUGGUAUACAUUUUUUCGUCAGCCGUCUUGUGAAACAGCGUCGGCUUAUAAGCGAUUUUCAAAUGUUUUAAUUAAAUAAUAUACAUUCUUGCAUUAUGGAAAAUGCUAAAAAAAAGUCUAUACUAUACUUUUCAGUAAUUAGAACUUUUUAAUUUUACAUAUGUGCAUAGUUAGUAUAUUUUAAAAAUAAUCAAGAAUUCAAUCAUUUUUUUUUACGAUUCUAAAACUUUGUUAAGGAAUUUGUUAUACUUCCGUGUCCGUCCGGGUGCUUAUCUUGGUGUCAUUAAAUGCGGAAAAGCUUUCCGAACAUAAUGAGACCAAAAUUGGUUCCGGAUACGUCUGGUUACAGUUUUUAGAGCUAUUUGAAUUAGAAACGACACGAGCGGUAGCGUAUCCCGAAUGCUUGUAUGUUGGCGCUUGCUGUUAAAACCUUCGAUUUUUUACAGGAAUUUUUAUAAUUCUUUAUUAUGAAGUAAAUGAAAUGUUAAAUUAAUAAAAAAACUUGUUGUUUAUUUGUAUUAAUUUAUUUCAUUGUUAUAGCCACAUGAAAUUUUGUCCUUUUUUCUCACGGUUGACACGAUAACUUGACAUUGGAUAUGCGUUGCGCAACUGAGACGUGCUCUGACAUUGUAAAUGUUACUGUCAAACUUGUCUGAACUCAACAAUGCCAUGCUCUCCCCACUCCUGACAUCCUAAACAAUACACUGUAGAAGUUCUCUAUUUUCUGAAUGCAUUCAGUUAAAACAGUGCCUUUAGAGAGUACGGAGAGAUAUAUUCAUAGUGCAAUAUUUUUUAUAUAGUUCUAUAUGUAUUAUACUUUUAUUUUUAUUUUUUUCGUUUUAUUCAGUUUAUGUUUUGUGUAGUUUAUGUUUAGUAUAUAUUUUUGCUAUACUCAUUAAGUGCGAUUGAUUAAGUUAUUUGGUUAAGUUUUUAUUUAAGUAUUUUCUUUUUUUAUUUCCACAUUGAAGUUCAUUCAAUUUAUACGUGGUGAGUACACUUAAACAUGUAACUAUAUUUUUUCAUGCAAUUUGUGAGUUGUGAAUUUUAUUUAACUGCAAUAUUUUAACAUAUAGAUAUCAAAAUGUCUGAAAAUUCUUCGAAACCAACUUCCGGGCCGUCUGGAGUUAAAGUAAUGACUCGAAGACAGUUAUUUUGUUACGUCCCAGCUUAUCUGUGACUCUUUCUUGGGAUCCUUGUCUUCAAUUAAAGAGCUAAAGCUCACCUUAACUGUAUUCGCUAACGGGAAAGAGCAAUUCGGGAUUGUAAUGAUUGUUUUCAAGGUUUAGCAUAUAAAUAUGUAUAUAUAUUGUUACAAAAUAACGAGUUUAUAUUACAAUAUCGGUUUUGGGAAAUCAAGUAUACAAUUAUGUAGGUACGUUACCGCUUGUCGGUCUUACAGUUUGGUUGUACCAGCUAUCUGUUGUGGUCCCAGGGCUGUGCUGUGCAAGGAUCUGUUUGUCGGCAACUAUAACUCGCGACACGGGUCUCUACUAAUUAACAACGGACUUUCCUCGGUAACGACGCGGCACGCGUACGAUUACUCUAUCCGUGACUACAAUAAUUUAGUAUUUGAUGAACAAAGUAAAUCAACAAAAUUAUUCCAACGAAGAACAUCAAGGCUUCAAACACAUAAUGUCAUACUUCAAAACAGAUUUUAAACGCAAAUGGAGGUGUGCAUCUUAUAAAACUCAUCCUUUUUUUUAAAAAAAAAUGAAAAGUGGCUUCGAGGAACGAUUGAAAUUCCUACAUCGCAAAUUCAUUCCAGUCGUACAAUAAAAUCAUUUUUAGAUUUAUCAGAACGCACCAAACGAAGGAAAACAGAAAGUCUUCGAAAAAAACACAAGUAUUGAUGAGUUGACAUUUGCUGCUCAGUCGAAAUUAAGAUCUGAAGGCCUAUUAGAUGCUUCAUUUCUAUUGAAAGAAGUUACGAGAUCUCCUACACGCGCAACAAAAUAUCGGAAAAUUCAUUUAACUAGAAAAAUUGAAGAAGAAAAGGAAAAAUUAACAAACCUGCAAGCUCUUGCUAUAUUUGUAGAGGCAAGAUUAUCAAGGAGACAGUAUGAAUGUCUCUGUGUUAUUCCAUUCUUCGGAAGCCGAAAACGGAUUGCUAGCCUGUUAAAGAAGCAUACAUAAUCACAGAAUCCUAUGCCGAAGUAAAUUUACAAGAUUUAUUGAAUCACACAGUUACCCGGUUAUUAUCCUAUUUAGAGGAAGUUGUAAACAAUUGCAAUGAAAAUGAAACUUUCUUACAUUUAAUAAGUAAAUGGGGAUGCGAUGGAUCGCAAUAAACACAAUACAAACAAACAUUUAUAGAAAACAUUAAUUUGGACGCCAACAUUUUUCAAACAUCAUUUGUGCCCUUACAAUUAGUUUCAAAAAAUGAAAAUAUAAUUUGGCAAAAUCCAACGCCAUCGUCUCCACGGUACUGUAGACCAAUUAGAAUUAGAUUCAUUAAGGAAAGGAAUGAUGUAACAAAUGAAGAAAUAAAUUAUAUGCAGACAAAAAUAACUACUUAAUUGACACAAAAAUUGAAGGAAAUAAAAACAUAUCCGUUUCGCACACCAUAUUGUUUACAAUGGUUGAUGGUAAGGUGUGUAAUGCUGCUACCAGUACAAAAUCCACGAUGAAAUGUUUUAUUUUCGGUGCUACACUUGCAGAGUUUAACGACUUGAAAAAAACUAGGGAAAUAAACCCCGACACAUUAAGGUUUGGAUUGUUACGAGCCAGAGCGAUAACGACGCGCGUGUGAGCCCUGCGAGUAGGGUGGAUUCGAGAAUUGCACCGAUACGAUUAAUUAGUAUGUAUCAAUGGAGCCGAAGAUUUGAGGAUAGAGUAGAUAAUGCAGACGACUCUGACGCGAAGUCAGAUAGUUGCAGGAAUCGGUAUCUCCCAAUGAAGGGUAACCGUAGGUUAAGGUGUUUGAUUGUCUUGGUUAUUGGAGACAAACGCAGACGCCUCUGACGCGAAGUCAGGUAGCUGCUGGGAAUUGGUAUCUCCCAGUGAAGGGUAACCGUAGGGUAAGGUUCGAACUGUGAGGUUGUUGGAAAAAGUGCAGCGACUCUGGCGCGAAGUCAGAUAGCUAGCAGGAAUCGGUAUCUCCCAGUAAAGGGUAACCGCAGGAUAGGUUAAGUUUAGGAGUUCGGGCUGAGUACACAAUGACUAAAUCGUAUCGUUAAAAUGUAACACGCGUCGUUAAUAAAGCCUCGCAACUUGUUAAUUUAAUAGAAUAAUAACUCGAGCGGUAAAGUUAUUAUGUUGUGGGAUCGUUACACUGGCUAGGAUUGGUGAUUUCAAAGUAAAGGUUUGAUGAAUGAGCUUACAGACUUUUAAGUUUACACAAAGAGUAUAUAUUCAAAAAUAACUAUACUAAUUACAAAUGUCCAGUGUCGUGUUGUCGCGGUUAGUGUAUGAAGUUAAAAUUACCUAAGUGUUGCGCGGUGUUGACGCACUGGCGAUGCGGGGGUCGAGAGUACUUUUAUGGCCGUAAUAGAUUUUAAAACCGUCUUCGCGGAUCUAUAUGGUAACGAUGAUCGAAAGGAACUGAAGCCCGAUCUCACUAGAGUACUACUCUACAGACGAUCAAUGUGUCUCUAACGAGUAACUCUUACGUACUAGCCCCCGAGCAACGAAAAUCGUGGGUUUAUAUACCCCUAAAUGUUGGUGGGGAACCGCCAGUGAUUUCCAUAUUAGGAAAUUUGACGGUUAGGAUUUUCGUUGCUCUGAGGUCGGCAGCUGUGUGCCCUGGAAAAAGGGUAGAUUAGAAAGUAUCCCACGCAACGCGAGUCAAAGAUGAUAUUAAGAGGAUGCAGCUGCAGGAUGCACUCCAGUGAGACCGAGUUCUAACUUCCAGAAGGGUAGAUAAAAUAAGAUUAAUGAACGCGAGCUUCUAAAAACGGAGAGUUUCUGUAUACGUAACAGGAUUAUCGAUAUUGCAUGCUCAGAUAAGAUUAUUCGAAAGCCUACUACAUCUGUCACAUAAAUUGCCACUAAAGAAGUGGCAAAUAAGAGGACAAAGCGAAAAAUGUAUCGUAGAAGAAAGAAAGAAAAACAUACAACAAGAGUUUAAAAGUAAAAUGGGCCUCAUUGUAGAUGUUCCAAAACCUGGAUUUGGAAAUUCCAAUGAUGGAAACACAAGUCGCAGAUUUUUUGCAAAUCAUUUACUAUCCGCAUCAACAACACAAAUUGAUGUACAAUUCAUAUAUAGAUUGAAAGUAAUAUUAGAAGCCAUCUCAAGUAAUCAUAAAAUUAAUGUUGACAAAUUUGCUGCAUAUGCUUCGGAAACAGCCAAAUUAUAUGUUGAAUUAUAUCCCUGGCACCCGAUGACACCCACAAUGCACAAAAUUUUAAUUCACGGUGCAGCUGUAAUAGAACAUGCUAUUUUGCCCAUUGGUCAGCUAUCUGAAGAAGCAGCUAAGGUAAGGAACAAGCAUUUUCGUCAAUAUAGACAAAAUUAUAGUAGAAAAUUUUCUAGAAAAUUAUGUAAUGAGGACGUCAUAAAUAGACUCCUACUAACGUCUGAUCCUCUUCUAACAAGUCUUAGACCAAAACAAAGGAAAAGAACACUGCCAUUAUUAAAAGACACUAUAGAUUUACUUGCACUUGCUAAUGUUACAAUUUCGGGAAUCGAAAGCGAGGACGAAGACGAGGCCGAGAAUGAUAACGAAGAUGCGGAUGAAGACGAGGAUGAAGGUGAAAAUAAAGAUGAAAGCGAAGAUGAAGAUCAAUAGAAGGACGAAGACAUAUGUAUAACGAAAAAGAAGAAUUAUCUGUAGAAACACACAGCACUUACUGCCAGAAAGAUAUAAUCGACUUCUAUACAUUUGUCGCAGCCUAUAGCUAUAGCCAAUGAAAUUUAUAGCAAAAUGUAUUAAUCGGUUCCUGAAAACUAAAGAUUUUAAUAUGUUAUUAAUUUUAUUAGGACUAAAGUUCAUUAUUU